GGCGGGGCCAGGAGCUGAUUAUAUAAAAAGAGUUGCUGGGAAAUUUCUGUGUUUAUCCCCCUUCCCCACCCUCAGUGUGACUGCAGCAAGCCAGGGGAAUCAAGAAAUCAUGUGGAUACCAGUGGCCCUCCUCUGCUACCUAGCCUCUCUGGCCAGCUCCCGAAAUGUACCUGGCUUCGCUCCACUGUCCAGGGAGAUGGUCAACUACAUCAACAAGUUGAACACUACAUGGAAGGCAGGACACAACUUUGCCGAAAAAGAUAUGAAACAUGUGCAGAAGAUGUGUGGGACCGUCAUUGAACAUAAACAUGGACAUAAAAAACUGCCAAUCAGGUACACCUUUUCUGACCGUAUGGUUCUACCAGACCAAUUCGACUCUCGGGAAGCCUGGCCAAACUGCCCAACUAUUAAAGAAGUUAGAGACCAGGGCUCAUGUGGCUCUUGCUGGGCUUUUGGGGCUGCGGAAGCGAUUUCAGACCGAACUUGUGUGCACUCAAAGGGAAAGGUGAAUGUGGAGGUGUCUGCUGAGGAUCUGCUUUCCUGCUGCGGGAUGGAGUGUGGAUCGGGCUGUAAUGGUGGAUAUCCAUCUGGAGCCUGGAAAUACUGGACUAAGAAAGGUCUUGUGUCCGGGGGACUGUAUGACUCCCAUAUUGGUUGUAGGCCAUACUCUAUCCCUCCCUGCGAGCACCACGUCAAUGGCUCCCGCCCAUCCUGUCAGGGAGAGCACGGUGACACUCCAGAAUGUGUAAAGAAAUGUGAGGCUGGCUAUGGACCAGACUAUAGUACUGAUAAACACUUUGGUGGGGAUGCCUACAGUGUCGACAAUAACCAACAGGAGAUCAUGGCUGAGAUUUACAAGAAUGGCCCAGUAGAGGGCGCCUUCACGGUGUAUGAAGACUUCCCUAAUUACAAAUCUGGUGUCUACCAGCACACAACUGGAGAGGAAAUUGGUGGCCAUGCUAUUAAAGUCAUUGGCUGGGGAGUAGAAAACGGAACUCCAUACUGGCUUUGUGUCAACUCCUGGAACACAGACUGGGGUGAUAACGGUCUCUUCAAGAUUCUGCGUGGACAGGACCAUUGUGGAAUAGAGUCUGAUAUAGUUGCUGGAGUUCCAAAAGAAUAAUAUCCUAUCCUGGUCCCUCUUCCAUCAGAGCUCCAAGGCUUGAGUUGUUUUUUAUCCAAAACUUUAGCAGAAACCACUAUUUUAAUUGCAUUUUAAUGGGACGGUUUUUAUCUGAAAGCACGUGAUGGAAUUUAUGGCUCUAAUUGCCUUACUGGCUCAACUGGGCCAUCUCACCAAACAAGCUUCCAGAACAAUUAAGAUGCCAACUUAACCAGUGCUAGUAUUCAGGGUUCUAGCAUACUGGCAGACAAUGCCACUUUUAUGUGCAGUGCUGCUCCAAACUUUUUUUUUUUUUGCACUGCAACUGUUUUUUAUUAAAUCUUAUUUUCCCCCUGUCCUUUUAAUCCACCUUCCCAAAACUACUAAAGUAGAACAACUUUCUUUUAAAUUGUAUUGUAAGGCAGGUCCAUGACAUGGCAAUCAUUGGUUCUACCAACUUCCCUAUCAAACAAAAUUUGUUGCCGUUGUACAGAGCUUAGAAACCAAAUUGCUGUGCAGGCAAACCUUGUGGAAGUGGGUAGAAUGGUCCCUUAGCAGCUGCCUUGGUGAAAGUUCCACCAAUAGUCUUUAGGUAUUGUACGCUUUGUCUGAAACACUUGCUUAGCUUUCAUGUGUCUACUGUUCCAUGCCAAAUGGUAAAACUAGCUUUUGGAAAUGGCAGUUUUAAGAAAGGCGCGAGUCUAGCUGGGGUACAGCAACAAUGCGCAGUUUAAUGAUCUUCUGUUGGGUUUUAAACAGAUUAUAUUUCAUACAUAAAGCGGGCCUGGCAGUAUAAAGCAACAAUAUUUUGUAAACCUGUUUGUUCUAUUUGAAAGCAAGAAGCCUGAUUGGGAUACAGUUUUGUGUUCUGUGCAAAAGUUCUAAUGGAAGUGUGUGCAAUAACCUGACUGGUGUCCUAUUGGGUAAUUUUUAGUUCUGCCUUUUUACUACAAAUUAUUGAACAAGCUGAUUGCAUUACUGGCCAGAUUAUAGGGGUGGUUUUUAUUUUUUUUUGUGCUAAAUGUAAAUUUUGUUUGCCAAUAAAAUGCCUUGUCUUCCU